AUGGCUUCUUCUCCAAAUGAUGAUGUCAUUAUAAUUGAACAAGAUAUAAAUGAAUAUGUGUUUAUAGAUCUUUGGGAAUCGUAUGAUUCCAGUUUAAUGGAGAAGUUCUGGCGUGAAUUAGUUGUCAGUACUUUUCAUACAUCGGACAUACAGCCAUUGAAUGAGUGGACAAAGGCGCUAUCAAGCGAAGCCCACGACAAUGACGAUAUUCCUGAUCUACAUGUGCUGUUGGCGUUCAACGCAGGCGACAUCACUAGUUUCUCACCGAAAGAAGGUGAUCAAAAUGAAAUACCCUACAAACACUCACAAAUCACCGCUGCAGUCAUCUUUGAAUACUAUUCAAAUAUAAACUGUGGACUAUUCUUACAUAUGAUAAUUCAUAAGAAAUAUAGAAAUAUGGUAAACGAGGUUUCCUCGCUCGCCAAUGUGUUGCGUGCAAUGUCGCCAGAGGGUAACGACUCUGACUUCUUGCCGGACGUCCACGUUCUCAUAGCGGUGCGUUGGCCACAAGAGUCAAAGACGCAACCAAUGCAUCCUAUUAUCGAUGGACUCUGUGUGUUUGAGUAUCAUGCCGAACAAAACUGUGCUGUUCUAACACAUUUAAUACUACAAAAGAAGAAUCGUGUCGACGGACUCGACAAUCUGCUGGUCGAGUCGACCUCAUUCGUUGAAUUGCAAUGGUCGAACGCAUUUGGCAGUGAACAAAUCAAACUAUCACCAAACACCUACGCAGAGUACCAGAGAAUGAUUGAACAGAUCGAACUUCGUGAGCGUAUUCCACUGCUAGAUUUACCUUGGGAUCUAGGUAAACCAUGGACAUUAGUUGAUCUCUGGGAAGACUAUGAUCGUGAUCUAUUAGAGCGUUUCUACAAGGAAAUAAUGAUACCAAAUUUUCCAAACAAAACAGGUAAUAACAAAUAA